AUGGGAGACAAAGGAUUUUCAGCACUAGGCCCGAUCUUCUGCUUUUCUUACUUUUUUGGAACGCUGCACAUCGUUCAUUGUGACCUGAGCUAUUCUUUUCCCGAAGAGAUGAAACGAGAGUCAGUUGUUGGAAAUAUAGCCAAGGAUCUUGGUUUUGGUUUGAGGACUUUAUCUUCCCGGAAGGCUCGUGUUGAUUUUGAAGGAAGUAGUAAGCGUUAUUGUGACAUUAAUCUGAGAACGGGGGAUCUGAUCACAUCGGAAAGAAUCGACAGAGAAAGCCUUUGUGGCAAGAAACCCUCCUGUGUUGUCAAAGUGGAUCUGGUGUUAGAAAAUCCUUUAGAGCUUCAUCGUGUAAGUCUUCAUAUUCAAGAUGUGAACGACAACUCGCCAAAAUUCAAAAAGAAUCUGAUUGAAAUGGAAAUAGGAGAAUCGACAGUCAAGGGUAACCGCUUCUCAAUAGAGGAGGCCCAUGACGCAGAUAUAGGUCAAAAUGCUGUUCAAGGGUACAAGCUUCAAAAGAACGACAACUUCAUUCUGGCUGUUGACAACAACAAAUUUGAACUCGUACUGGAAAAUAUUCUUGAUCGAGAGAAACAAAAAGAGAUUAAUUUGCUUCUCACAGCUUUGGAUGGUGGAUCUCCUCAGAGAUCAGGUACCGUAGUCAUACACGUCACUGUACUGGAUGCUAAUAAUAACGCCCCAGUGUUCAGCCAAGCCGUUUACAAAGCCAGUCUGCCUGAAAACUCUUCUCCAGAUACAAUAGUGAUUAAAGUCAGUGCCACAGACGCAGAUGAAGGAGUGAAUGGAGAUGUAACGUAUGACUUAAGUCAUGUGUCUGACGAUGAUAUAAAUGCAUUUUCCAUUGAUCCCAAAACUGGAGAAAUUAGAGUGACCGGUGUGAUUGACUUUGAAGACAUGAAUUUAUUUGAAAUGAGAGUACAUACCAAAGACGGUUUAGGUCUAACAUCUUAUGUUAACUUGUUAAUAGAUAUUACAGAUGUAAACGAUAAUGCUCCCGCUAUAUACGUAAAAUCACUUUCUAACGCCAUACCCGAGAACGUCCCACCUGGUACAGAGGUGGGCAUCAUUAACGUGCAGGACAGUGAUUCUGAGAAUACCCCAACAUCCUGA